GGGUGGCUCCUCCUUCCCUUUCAAUCCUUUGAUUAAAUAGCUUCCCCUCAAAAGCCUUUUGAAGUGGAAGCAGUACUUCUGCCAGAAACAGCUCUCCCCAGCAUGAGCGUUGCUCCACCCUUCCCCGUGGCCAGGGCAGCCAGCCUUCUCGGCUUCUUGCUUCUGCUUUUCUUCUGUGUAGACCAUGGUGUGCUAGCCAAGGAGUUGAAGUUUGUCACAUUGCUGUUUCGACAUGGAGACAGAAGUCCUAUCGAAACCUUUCCCAAUGACCCGAUUAAGGAAUCUUCAUGGCCACAAGGAUUUGGCCAACUCUCCCAGCUAGGCAUGGAGCAGCAUUAUGAACUUGGACAAUACAUAAAAAAAAGAUACAGCAAAUUCUUGAAUGAGUCCUAUAAACACCAACAGAUUUAUAUUCGAAGCACAGACGUUGACCGGACUUUGAUGAGUGCCAUGGCAAACCUUGCAGCCCUGUUUCCCCCAGAAGGUGCCAGCAUCUGGAACCCCAGCCUGCUCUGGCAGCCCAUCCCCGUGCACACAGUCUCUCUUCCUGAAGAUCAGUUGCUGUACCUGCCUUUCAGGAGCUGCCCUCGUUUUCAAGAACUCGAGAGUGAGACUUUGAAAUCAGAGGAAUUCCAGAAGAGGCUGCGUCCUUAUAAGGAUUUUAUAGAAACAUUGCCAGAACUUUCAGGAUUCCAUAGCCAGGAACUUUUUGGAAUUUGGAGUAAAAUCUAUGACCCCUUAUAUUGUGAGAGUAUUCACAAUUUCACUUUACCCACCUGGGCCACCGAGGACACCAUAACUAAGUUGAGAGAAUUAUCAGAAUUGUCCCUCCUGUCCCUCUAUGGAAUUCACAAGCAGAAAGAGAAAUCUAGACUCCAGGGGGGUGUCCUGGUCAAUGAAAUCCUCAAUCACAUGAAGAGUGUAACCCAGGGAUCAAGCUACAGAAAACUUGUCAUGUAUUCUGCACAUGACACUACUGUGAGUGGCCUACAGAUGGCGCUAGAUGUUUACAACGGAAUGCUUCCUCCUUAUGCUUCCUGCCACUUUAUGGAAUUGUACCUUGACAAGGGGCAGUACUUCUUGGAGAUGUACUACCGGAACGAGACGCAGCACGAGCCGUAUCCACUCACACUACCAGGCUGCACCCACAGCUGUCCUCUGGAGAAGUUUGCUGAGUUGGUUGCCCCUGUGAUCCCUCAAGACUGGUCUGCGGAGUGUAUGAUCACCAGCGACCACCAAGUUCUAAGGAUUGUCCUUGCUAUUGCCUUUUGCCUGGUAUCUGGUGUCCUGGUGGUGCUGUUGUUUACACUUAUUCGCCAUGGGCCCUGCUGGCAGAGAGACUCCUAUCGGAACAUCUGAACAGAUGGCUGAACAAGAGGGGACAAGCCAGGCCAACCUCGUUGCUCAGUGAAGCAGCAUCUGAAGCACCAGCUUUUGCCAUGUGGGCAUUGCCCUGCCCACACCCUUCCUUCAGAACCUGCCUGGAGGAGGGUCUGAAUUCACAGCGACCCAUGUAUAGCUGCUGGACUGACGGAUGAAUGAACACGCAGGCUACUUAGUUAGGUCUUCUCAUCAUUGCAUGAUAGUGUAGGCUGCUCAUUUGGCUAGAAAGAGGUGCUUCUGCAGAGGAUAGUUGUAUUCUCUGACACAGAUGUCUAGAGACAAAGAAGACAAAGUCCAACCAGCUUUUGUCUGCAAAGAGCAAAGAGUAAGAAGG